AUGGGGAGCUGGAACCAAAAAAUGGCUAAAAUGGCCUUCCGCCGCUCGAAGUUCCGGCGCCUAGCAUGGGGGGAUGGCGAUCCUUAUCCGUACACCCCGCGUGCGACCUUCCGCUACCAGUGGGAUGACUGGCCCCUCUGGGAAAAAGUCUGGCAUCUUUCCGUCAUGAUCCUUGGCUUGGAGUUUGUGAUUUGGGCGUACUACUCCAAGCUCAACAGCCGAAUGGACUGGGCCCGCGAGGAGGCCCUCCGUCGAAUGCGUCUGCGGCGCGAAGCGCAGGAACUAAUGAUCUUAGAAGGCGAAACAUUCAACUCGGACAUCCAGCCCAAUCGCCGCUAA